UUUACGUUGGCACAAUUAGACCGUCUGGCGAAAGAUGCCAUGACACCCUCAGACUGGCAGAUGAUUGCUAAAGCCACCCUCUCCAAUAUGGGGCAAUAUUUAGAAUGGAAGGCCCUAUGGCAUGAAGCCUCUCAGGAACAGGCAAGGCUUAAUGCUACAGCAAUUACGCCUGAACAAAGGGCUUGGACUUUUGAAAUGCUUACUGGGCAAGGAGCCCACGCCAAUGACCAGAACAAUUUCCCAUGGGGAGUCUAUGCCCAAGUUUCUAGACUGGCCAUAAAAGCUUGGAGGGUGCUAUCAAGAAAAGGAGGAAUAGAUAACCAGCUUACUAAAAUCCUGCAAAGGAACGAUGAGCCCUUUUCAGAAUUUGUGGCCAGACUGAGUGAGGCAGCAGCUAGAAUCUUUGGGGACACAGAACAGGUUAACCCCCUCAUAGAACAACUGAUUUUUGAACAAGCUAAUCAAGCAUGCCGUACAGCUAUUGCGCCCCGAAGGACCAAAGGCUUGACAGAUUGGAUUAGGAUAUGCCGGGAUGUAGGCGGCCCCCUCACCAAUGAAGGGCUGGCCGCGGCAAUAUUAAAACAGUCACGUCCUUAUCCAAGUAAAAUGAAUAAACCUACAUGCUUUCGAUGUGGGAAGCCAGGACACCUUAAAAGGGAUUGUAGAGUUAAACUAAACCAAAGAAAUGAAGAUCUAAGCUCCCCAGGAGAACAAGGGAGACCCCUUAAAAGCCCGCAAUUAUGCCAGAGAUGCAGAAAGGGCUACCACCCUGCCAAUCAAUGCCGGUCCAUUAAGGACAUUGAAGGGAAAUUAUUGCCCCCACUUUCAAAAAACGGGAGGCAGGGCCCUGGAGCCUGGGGCCCCAUGAAAAUACAGGCCUCCAAACCCAUCCUAGAUCAGAUCCCCAAGGAAAAUGUGGACCAGGACUGGACCUGUGUGCCACCUCCAGAUUUCUAUUAACUUCAGAAAUGGGA